AUGGCUUCAUCAGGACCCAUCGGACUCCAGGCUGAUCAUGUCUAUCGCUCUCAGUUGUCACCUUGGCGGUUCAAAAUUUGGUCGAUAUUGUUAGUGACGCUCGACAAAGAGAUGCCGAUUCUAGAAUCGAUCCAGCGUAGCUACCGCUCCGGACCUCUCGAUCGACUGAUGAUCUUUUUAGCCUGUUCAGGAUGGUCGAAUCAAGUCAAGCAUUUCUCAAGAAAGCCAGAUCAUUCGGUCCUAGUAUUAGACAACCAAGGGGUAGGAAACAGCGAUGCGGGGCCAUUAGGGAUCUACAAGACCUCAGAGAUGGCUAAAGACACGGUAGAUCUGAUGGAGUAUUUGGGAUGGACAGAGGAGCAAUCUGUCCAUCUCUUUGGGGUCUCCAUGGGCGGGAUGAUCUCACAAGAACUGUGUUUGUUGGUCCCGAGACGCUUCAAGUCGGUUAGCUUCACUAGCACUAAGGCUGGUAAUAAGUUUGAUCUCCCUUCGAUGCAUGGACUAUACAGCUUAACACAAUUAUUAUCGAGGACAAUCACAGAAGAACAAAGCAUAGAGAUGUUAAUGAACAUGUUGUUCCCAGCGGAGUUUCUAGCGCAAUCGACCGAGGCUCGACAAAGAGAUGCCGAUUCUAGAAUCGAUCCAGCGUAG